GCCUGAGUGUGGAGGAGAGAGUGAGGGGAGGUGAAAGUUCACAAUGGCAUGGUCAUAUCAGGUGACAAUGUGGAGAAGUUUGGCUGCCUUGCCAGAUUAAAUGUCUCAAAUUCGGACCAUGACCAGCAAAUACAAUGAAGCGGACGGGGAAAUCGACGCGCUGCCAUUCGGUUAUUAUGAGGACGACGAUGAUUUCGACACAUUCACGGACGGCGACGGAGACUGCGGCUGCGAUGAAGAAGUGCUCGGGUUCAGCGAUCCAUUCAGCAGCGAGGUUAAACCUCGUAUCCUGCUCAUGGGCCUACGACGAAGUGGCAAGUCUUCCAUUCAGAAAGUUGUAUUCCACAAGAUGUCACCCAACGAGACCCUGUUUCUGGAGAGCACCAAUAAGAUUUGUCGAGAGGAUGUAUCCAACAGUUCCUUCGUGAGCUUUCAAAUCUGGGACUUCCCCGGUCAGAUUGAUUUCUUCGACCCCACGUUCGACUACGAGAUGAUAUUUCGUGGAACAGGGGCUCUUAUUUUCGUGAUAGACUCACAGGACGAUUACGUGGAGGCAUUAAGCAGACUUCACCUCACUGUGACAAGAGCCUACAAAGUGAACCCAGACAUCAACUUUGAGGUGUUUAUACACAAGGUGGAUGGGCUGUCGGACGACCACAAGAUUGAGAAACAGAGUGACAUACACAAGCGAGCCAAUGAUGAUCUAGCUGAUGCUGGUUUAGAAAGAAUACACCUAAGCUUCUACCUGACAAGCAUCUAUGAUCAUUCAAUUUUCGAGGCCUUCAGCAAAGUCGUGCAGAAACUGAUUCCUCAGCUUCCCACUCUUGAGAAUCUGCUCAACAUUUUUAUAUCUAAUUCAGGGAUUGAAAAGGCUUUUCUCUUUGAUGUGGUCAGUAAGAUUUACAUAGCAACAGACAGCAGCCCCGUGGAUAUGCAGACCUAUGAGUUGUGUUGUGACAUGAUAGAUGUGGUUAUUGACAUCUCGUGCAUCUAUGGGUUGACUGGAGAUGAGAUGGGAACUCCUUAUGAUAAAGAGUCAAUGGCCAUAAUUCACCUAAACAACACAACAGUCAUGUACCUAAAGGAGGUCACCAAAUUUCUUGCUCUGGUGUGUUUCAUAAGAGAGGAGAGUUUCGAGAAGAAAGGGUUUAAUGCGUCUGCAGUGUGAAGCGUCUCGCUGCGGGUUAAAGCACCAGCUCUAAUCCCAGGGGAUACCUUUGCUCCGGCAAUGAGGGCUUCUGGGUAAAUCUCAUGAGGUCAGAGCCGAUUACGCAAGAGCUGCUCCUCUCUGGAUGGACACUAAAUCAUCUGUAGUGAAACUACAAUGUGUUAUGUAAGACAAUUUCAUGUUGAGUAUUAUAAUCUCAGAGGGCCUAGCGCUAUUUACUCAGCAAGAUCAGGGACCCAUCUGUGAGUGAGGCUUUUCCUCUCAUGCCUGUGAAUUGUUGAAGCGCAGGUGAAGUUAAGCGCUCUCUUCGGAUGGAUCUCAAUAUGAAAAUGUUGAAAGCGCUCUUUCAAAUAUAUAUAUCAGUAUUUUGAACAGCUGUCAAACCGAGUGUUGUUUAAAUCCAUCACCCAUAGUUUUCAGUCACAACUAGUCAGUAGCAAGUGAAAGGACCAAUCAGAGACUGGUAGGGUUGAUUGAGGCUGUCAUAGAGGAUUAGAUUGCUUUAAAACUUAAGCUGUCUUUUCACAUUAAGUAAAGGCUUUAAGGGCCCUUCACAAGGUCUUUACUGAUUGGGUGAAAAGAGAAAAGUCGGAUAUGAACUACAGUAUGUGGAUGUACGUAAACACAAUGCACAAUAUGGAUGCAGAAGAUACUUACACUAGUGGUUUUAUUAAUACCUGUGCCUUAGAAGCAAUAGGUAAAUUAUUAAUGAAAAGCAAUUUUAAAGCACAUUUUACAAUAAAAGUAUAACACUUUACAAUAACUUAUUAUGAUCAUAUCUUGCAGAUCAAUAAUGCAUGUAGGCCUAUGUACACUCACCUAAAGGAUUAUUAGGAACACCAUACUAAUACUGUGUUUGACCCCCUUUCGCCUUCAGAACUACCUUAAAGCAUUCUUUAGAAAUGUUGGCCCAUAUUAAUAGGAUAGCAUCUUGCAGUUGAUGGAGAUUUGUGGGAUGCACAUCCGAAGCUCCCGUUCCACCACAUCCCAAAGAUGCUCUAUUGGGUUGAGAUCUGGUGACUGUUGGGGCAAUUUUAGUACAGUGAACUCAUUGUCACGUUCAAGAAACCAAUUUGAAAUGAUUUGAGCUUUGUGACAUGGUGCAUUAUCCUGCUGGAAGUAGUCAUCAGAGAAUGGGUACAUGGUGGUCAUAAAGGGAUGGACAUGGUCAGAAACAAUGCUCAGGUAGGCCGUGGCAUUUAAACGAUGCCCAAUUUGCACUAAGGGGCCUAAAGUGUGCCAAGAAAUCAUCCCCCACACCCUUACACCACCACCACCAGCCUGCACAGUGGUAACAAGGCAUGAUGGAUCCAUGUUCUCAUUCUGUUUAUGCCAAAUUCGGACUCUACCAUCUGAAUGUCUCAACAGAAAUCGAGACUCAUCAGACCAGGCAACAUUUUUCCAGUCUUCAACUGUCUAAAUUUGGUGAGCUUGUGCAAAUUGUAGCCUCUUUUUCCUAUUUGUAGUGGAGAUGAGUGGUACCCGGUUGGGUGUUCUGCUGUUGUAGCCCAUCCGCCUUAAGGUUGUGCGUGUUGCGGCUUCACAAAUGCUUUGCUGCAUACCUCGGUUGUAACGAGUGAUGAUUUCAGUAAAAGUUGCUCUUCUAUCAGCUUGAAUACAGUAAGUCGGCCCAUUCUCCUCUGACCUCUAGCAUCAACAAGGCAUUUUCAUCCACAGGACUGCCGCAUACUGAAUGUUUAUCCCCUUUCACACCAUUCUUUGUAAACUCUAGAAAUUGUUGUGCGUGAAAAUCCCAGUAAAUGAGCAGAUUGUGAAAUACUCAGACCGGCUCAUCUGGCACCAGCAAACAUGCCACAUUCAAAAUUGCUUAAAUCACCUUUCUUUCCCAUUCUGACAUUCAGUUUGGAGUUCAGGAGAUUGUCUUGACCAGGACCACACCCCUAAAUGCAUUAAAGCAACUGCCAUGUGAUUUAUUUGAUUAGAUUAUUGCAUUAAUGAGAAAUUGAACAGGUGUUCCUAAUAAUCCUUUAGGUGAGUGUAUGUGUCACUACACAGAUCUUAAAUGUGAUUUUAUAUGAUUUUAAUGUUUGGUAUUGUUAAUUAAAUUAACAAUUAAAUUAUUUUCUAAAAUA